GGGAUAGUAGGGCACGGUUACCAAGGUAAACAAGAUGGCGUUCAACCCAAGCGGGAUAGAAGCUCUAUCAGAACUUUUAAAACCUCCAGGAGACGACGACUCGAGCUCUGAUGACGAAAAUUACUCGGCGAAGAAAUCCUCUGCUGCGAAUCCUGGUAACAUCGGUCCGCCGAGGAAAACAGAAAGACCCAGUGGUCCUGCAAAUUCCCAGCAAGUUAAAAACAGUGAUAUCUGGAAUGAAGAGGACAUUCCUGAGGGAGGGCAUGGAGAGGAUGAGCAUGAUCCAAGACCUGCACCAGAGUAUGAACUGGUGUUCAAACAAGCUGUAACCUCAGAAGACAUGUAUCUGCAAAUGAGAGGCAGAAAUCCAUCUUCUUCUAGCUGUGAGGAUUUGGUGAUAAAGAUAAAGCUUCCAGACACAGAGUACUCUGAUGUGAAUUUAGAUGUGUCCGAUACCUUUCUUGAUUGCAGAACUCCCAAGUACAAACUUGGAUUAUUUCUCCCCCAUCCAGUGGACAGUAAAAAUGGCAAGGCCCAGUGGGACAAAUCCAAAGGACUCUUAACUGUCACAGUGCGACUUGUGCGGGAAUAUGACUUUCUGACACAGUAAUAAAACACAUUAAAAGAUAAUGCAGUCUACAGGAUUUGUUGCAAGAUCUCACUUAAGUGUGGAAGAGGAAAGAAAAUGGACAAAGAGAGUUUUGUUCAUAAACUUGGAAUUUGGAGAAACAAAAAUUCUCAAGAAUCACGAGCUAUUUCCUAAUGGUGCUUUUAAAUUAUAAUUGCGACACAAGUACAAAGUACCACGUUGUCUCAAGAUCGUUCGAGAAAUUUAUACGUACACAACAUGCCUUUAUGCAGAAGAGAUGAAAGCUCGGUCACCUCAGCUGAAGACAUUACCAUUGAGAAACCUUGGAAAGCACAGUAUUAAACAUUGUUGUAUUUAUUUAAUAGUCAAUCUUUUACAUACAAAAUGAUAAUACAAUGGAAACUCAUCUUACCACACCUCUCUCUUUUCUUUUAUUUUAAGACUGAGAUUGCAGUCUCUUGUUGUUGUAGAACAAUGGCAUUGUUAAUAAAUUUUGCUGAAAGGAGUACAUCAUGGAAGGUACACAGAGAAUCUUACGCGGGGUGCUGAUUUUCCGGCAGGUCUGGGGUCUAACAUUUUCCAAUUUUGUUUCUUUUUUUUUUGGUUUUAUAAGCCAGUAUUAGCUGGAAAAAGAACAAAAAGAGAAGGGGUUGGGAGGAACUGGGAUGUGUUACAUGUUAUGAAACAGUCACAUAACAGGUUAUGCCAAUUCAGGUAUGGAUGUGCACGUCCAUUCUGCAUGUGUGCAGAUUGUUCAGAUGUUCCCAACUAGUUAAAAACAAAACUGAAACUCCCCUGCUUUCAUUUGUCUUACGGGUAAAGGUAACGUCCAUCUUACCCCAAUGCAAUGAAAAAGCGACAAUUUAUGCAGUUCUGCGAAUCACAAAAUACUAUACAGACAACUGCAACAGUACAGCUUGUAUUUAUUUCCAUUAUUCUGUUUUAUGACCUUUCAGCUGCCAAACAAUAAUGAAUUUCUUAACACAGAAUCUUAGGUUUAUUAGCCAUGCUCACGUAGCACAGAAUACUUAGUCGACUUCUCGACUCAACCUCAAUUGCCUCCGGACGUGAAAGUAAAACAAACACCCACCAAGUGGAGCGCGCGAAACUCUCCCACCCAGCUUGGGAAUGCGCGAUUGUCUGUAAUCUUUCCCAUUUCAAAAUGGACGUCUAAAUUAUUCACCUUGUUUUUGCACUGAUCUUGGAUUUUUCUAAGGAAAAAGAAUUAAAACUUCCCGAAAUAUUCCUUCACCGCAAUGCCGAAAUAUAGUACACGCGAAUGAAAUUAAGUACUAAUAAGGUAGAUUCUAAAUAAAUGUAUACUGGUGCUGCAAUGUUACAGUGCGGCUACUCUAACGAAGGCCGCCCGACAAAAUUUUCUACAAAUUUAACGAAUAAAAAACUGUGGAGGUUAAAAACAGUUUUCCAACAAAUGAUUCAAAACGAACACAAAUCUGUUGCCUUUGAAAUGUACAACUUAAUUACAUAGAUAAUUUGUUGGAAAACUUGUUAACUUCCACAAUUUUUUAUACGUUAAAUUUGUGGAAAAUUUUGUUGGGUGGCCUUGAUUGGAGUUGUCGCACUGCAACAGGUUCCACAAUGGAUCGAGCGGAAGAAGCUAGCCGAGAGCGGUCUGGUGACAAAGAUUUCAGUAAGUCCCUAAAAUUUCGGCCGAUGUUAUAUCUCGAAACAUCCCACAAGGGUGCUUGUUCUCAGACUGGACAAGCAUCCAUAGUAGCACAUGUAGGCGAUUCCAUGCAUGAUAAAAAUAUACAGGCCUAUCAAAUGAUAUGUCACCGUCGAUACCGUGUCAACCGUGUUCUUCAUCCCGUGGGUCGCACGCGAAAUAUAUUCAACGAGUCCGUUCUCAAAACCGUUAGGCUUAAAGAAUCGAACGCGGAAGUGCCUCUUUUUGCUAUGAAUUUAAAACUUAACACAAGUCACGACGGAGACAUGAAAGGUGAAGCCUUUUAGGCCCAAGUGGCUUAGGUUUAUAGCUCUGCUUCCCCCCAGCCUUCCACGAAGACAAGAAAUUUCUGUAUUUCACCUUCACUGUCGGAAACUAUCAUCCAUGGCUUGCCACAAAGUACGGAAUAUCCAAAUAUAACGAAGAAAUCGCAGAGUUGUGGUAAAAUAAAAUAAAAUAAAAUAAACUAAAACAAAACAAAUAAAUUAAUAAAAAAAAAAUGCCCAAAAAAAAUUAAGUAAGUUAAAGACAAAUUUUUCCAUUUUUCGGUGCCAUAGUUUUAUGCUUCUACUGCACACAGUAAGGAAUGGCACAUGGCAAAGUGAAAGUAAACUUAAAUUUUAUUUGUUUUCUUCGCCAACAAAACUUGAAUCAGACAAACACUAUUGCGUCCACUGGAGAAACCACUUCCUAUAACAGUCUCCAUGUAACCAACUCGAACUUAAAAAAAAUGCCGAUAACCAUCAUAUGACAAAUUGCCAAACAUUAACAUUUGCCUUUAAAGUAAUCGAGACAGGUGAUGCUACGAGGGAAAAAAAUAAACCUGGAACGCAAGUCCAAUGACAGCUAAACGAAUCCCACGUCUGCAAG